AUGGCGCCCAAACGCUUCAGCUCAGCCCUGGGCCCGGAUACAACACUGCCAUUGCACAAGAGAACUCGCGUCGAGGAAGAGCAGCCAAUUCCAGCGGCCUCUCAUGACAAACUGUCGAAGCUUUCCGAUGAGUUGCUGAUUCGGAUCCUACACCUCCUCCCUCUUCCCAGCCUCCUUCGCAGCCACCUCCUCUCGCAUCGAUUCUACAGACUCUCGUCCGACUCCCAGAUAUGGAAGAAUCUGUAUUAUAACCGUUUUGUCCUCCCUCGAGCAUUGCGGAUCCCCGGCAUCAAGAACGUACCUUCAAGAGAGGAGGCGCUAGUCUUCAGCUCUAGAAGUAGUAAAUGGCUGGGCGAGGGAGGCCUUGUUCACAGGGAUGAUGGCGAGACUACGGACUGGAAGGGGAGGUACAGGUUACGGCACAAUUGGAGCAGAGGAGUAUGCGAGGUUAGCGAGAUCAGUUUGAAGGAGGAGAGAAGUGCUGGGAUGCUGGUGAGGAUGGCAGAUGGUGUGGUACUGACAGUGGAUGCGGACGAUGGGCUAAGGGGAUGGGCUCUGAAAGGGAGGGGGCUCGUUGCUCAGACUGGACUUGGGGUUGGAGAUAUCCCGAGCUGUCUCGCUGUUGACGAGCAGGAGGGUGGUGGUAUACUUGGGGUUGCAGUUGGAUUUGAAGAUGGCGGGUGGCAAAUAUGGAGGUUGGAUGUCAAGGAGAGAAGGUUCUUGGAGGGCCACAGACAUCCUGCUUCCAGCAACGGGACGCUGAGUGCGGUUGCUUUUUCAUAUCCCUAUUUGCUGACCAUCACUCAAGGCCAGUGGCUGUCUUUGUACACCUUCCUUCCUGGUCAUCUCGAGGCUGAGAUCUCACUCUCUCAGUCCGCAGACAUGCUGGAGGAAUGCGUCAAAGAUGUCCACGUCUCGGAAACCGCUCUGGGGGACGACGAACCACCGUUCAUAGAGGAGAAAGAACCGUUGGGAUCUUCCGAAAAGGGACCAGACCAGCCACGUCUUCUGGCCUCGCUUAAAUCCCAUACCUCCUGGCCUCCACUUUCUCUUUCGAUUCGAAGGACCUCAACCACAUUGAUAGCAAGCAUCGCUUAUAGCCUUCGGACCUACACGUCCGGGUUCACUGUUGGGCUGCAGGAACUGCAUCUGUCCCUCACAACUGGUAGCGUGAUCUUCUCGCGUCUUACAUCGGCACUGCCUCAAAGAUUCACAUCAAUUCUAUCACCCUCGUCCUCGUCGCCUUCUUCCCCGUGUCCAGCCUCGGAAAGUGAUGGUGUGAGGAGGGAAUCUAGUCGCCCAACCACGAUCUCAUAUUCACACCCGUAUAUCCUAGCCACUCAUCCCGACAAUACGUUGACUCUCUACCUAUGUACCUCGACGAAGUCAACCCUUAGCAUUACACCUGGGACAAAGCUAUGGGGCCAUACCUCUUCAGUGUCGUCUGCUGAGAUCACCCCCAGAGGCAAGGCCGUCAGUGUCUCUAGUCGCGGCAACGAACUCCGUGUAUGGGAGCUGGAAGGCGGGCUGGGCUCCUCCUCAAGUGGAUUGAAUGCUGGUCUCAAGAGACGUAGCAGGCUAGGUGUUGAUAAAAGUGUCCGGGUCCGGACCGGUAGGCCCCAAGACGAGGCGGCCACUUUGGACUGGGAAACUGUAAGGGAUAUGGCCGUGCAGGCCUAUGAAGAUGAUGUAGAGGGCAGCAAGCAGUGGGUCGGCUUCGACGAUGAGCUUGUCAUUGUGCUGAAGGAGAGCGGCGAGGCGGGCCGGCAAGCGCUGGUGGUCUACGAUUUUACAUGA